GCUCAGAACUCUUCCUCAUAGAGAGGCGACCAUGGAGACAGAUGUAGCAGAAGUACCUGAGAGGAGAGCUCUGCAUUCCCAGGAUUCUCUCCAAGAGAAUUUCCAAGAGAGGAGGUCAGAAGAAGAAGUGGAAGCUCUGUGCCUAACAGCCAGAUCCCAGGAAUCAGUGACAUUCGAGGAUGUGGCCAUGGAUUUCACUCCGGAGGAGUGGGGAAAGCUUGAUCCUGCACAACGGGAGGUGAUGCUUGAGAACUAUAGGAACCUGGUCUCUUUAUGGCUUCCAGUUUCUAAAGGUGAGAACUACAAAUUGGAGAAUAGAAAGGAACCAGGGAUGUUUGAGAGGAAAACUCCCAAAGGCAUCUAUUCAGACUGGAAGACUAGACCAGAGAGCAAGGAAUCAACUACAGUGCAAGAUUUUUCCAAAGAAGAAUCAUGCCAGGAUGCAAUAAUAGAUAAGCUGACAAAUAAUGUUUGUGUCUCCAACUUGAAAACAACUGCUGAAUGUGAAAAUUGGUUAGAAAAUCGGCAGGAACAUCAGGAAAGACAUUUGAAAGAAAUGUUCACUCCUCUAAGUCCGCUGCCCGGGGAAAGAGCUCAUGAGCAUGGUAUAUAUUGGAAAAAUGUGAGUCAGAAGUCUGACCUUAUUGAACAAAGAUCAAAACUGAAGUCAACUUUAAUAAAAAGGCAAAGAAACUGUAAAGAGAAAAAACCUCAUAAAUGUGAUGAUUGUGGUGAACUCUUCACUUACCAUUCAGUCCUUAUUAGACACCAGCGAGUUCAUACUGGAGAGAAGCCCUAUGCCUGCAGUGACUGUGGGAAGUCUUUUAGCCACAGAGCUAAUUUAACUAAACAUCAAAGAACUCAUACCAGAAUUCUCUUUGAGUGCAGUGAAUGUAAGAAAAGCUUCAUAGAAAGUUCAUCCCUUGCUAUCCAUCAAAGAAUUCACAUUGGAGAGAGACCUUAUGAAUGCAAUGAAUGUGGGAAGGGCUUUAAUCGCAGUACUCAUCUUGUGCAGCAUCAGUUGAUUCAUACUGGAGUGAAGCCUUAUGAAUGCAAUGAAUGUGGGAAGGCUUUCAUUCAUUCAUCAGCACUCAUCAAGCAUCAAAGAACUCACACUGGAGAGAAACCCUAUAAAUGUCAAGAAUGUGGGAAAGCCUUUAGCCAUUGCUCAUCCCUUACUAAACAUCAGAGAGUUCAUACUGGAGAAAAGCCAUAUGAAUGCAGUGAGUGUGGAAAAACAUUCAGUCAAAGCACACACCUUGUUCAACAUCAGCGAAUUCAUACUGGAGAGAAACCAUAUGAGUGUCAUGAAUGUGGAAAAACCUUUAGCCGGAGCUCAAAUUUUGCUAAGCAUCAAAGAAUUCAUAGUGGGAAAAAACCCUACAAAUGCAGUGAAUGUGGAAAAGCCUUCAUUCAUUCUUCGGCUCUUAUUCAACACCAGAGGACUCAUACUGGAGAGAAGCCCUACAGAUGCAGUGAUUGUGGGAAAAGCUUUAAGUGCAGUUCGUCCCUCAUCAGACACCAGAGAAUUCACACUGAAGAUCAGCACUGA